AUGGCCAAUCCAAUCUACUUGUUGCAGUUGUCAUUAAAUUCCCAGCUCAUCCUCGUCGUUGAGACCGUAGUCAUUGAGGGCGGCCUGCUCGCCCAAGUCCGCCAAAACCUUGCGAGACCAUGUCUCGCUGCUCCGGAUAACCCGCCGGCACCCGUCCCGCACCCUGACUCCUACAACAUGGCUUCCCAAUCGGGACUUGUCCAGAACCCGUGGCCAGUUCUCUGGACCCAUGCCAAGCUCGUCAAUCCCGUCAACUCCGUCAAUUCCAGCGAUUCCAGCGCCUGA